UUUAGGGGGGGGAGGCCCCGCGCUGCCGUGCUGCUGUGCUGUGCGCUGCUCUGCCCUGCCAGCCGCUGCUCCUGCCGGCUCCCGGUGCCUCUCCUCCUCCUCCUCCUCUUCCUCCUCCUCCUCCUCCUCCUCCUCUUUUUCCUCCCGCUGCCGACCCCGGGAGCCCCGGAGGCUGCGGGACUGCGAUCCGGAGGGAGGAGGAAGCUGCGAGAGGGACUGGCCCCGUAGCCGGGUGCCGGGGGGGAGCCGGGAGGGCCGGGAGAGAGGGGGCCGACGAGCCGGGAGCAGGGGGCGCGGAGGAGAGGGGCUCACCGGCAAGCAGGGGGCUCGCCCCGGCGGCCACCCGUGGGUGCGGAGCGCGGCGCCCCGCGGGGCCGGGCGGAAGAUGCACACGACGCAGAAGGACACCACUUACACCAAGAUCUUCGUCGGGGGGCUGCCCUACCACACCACCGACUCCAGCCUGCGCAAGUACUUCGAGGUCUUCGGCGACAUCGAGGAGGCGGUGGUCAUCACCGACCGGCAGACCGGCAAGUCCCGGGGAUACGGCUUUGUCACUAUGGCUGACAGAGCCGCUGCAGAGAGAGCCUGCAAGGACCCCAACCCCAUCAUCGACGGCAGGAAAGCCAACGUCAACCUGGCGUACCUGGGCGCCAAGCCGAGGAUAAUGCAGCCAGGUUUUGCCUUUGGUGUUCAGCAGCUUCAUCCAGCUCUUAUACAGAGGCCUUUUGGGAUCCCUGCUCACUAUGUCUAUCCACAGGCUUUUGUGCAGCCCGGAGUGGUAAUUCCCCACGUGCAGCCCGCAGCAGCCGCUGCUUCCACUACACCCUACAUCGACUACACCGGAGCUGCGUACGCCCAGUACUCGGCCGCCGCGGCCGCCUAUGAGCAGUACCCGUACGCUGCCUCGCCAGCUGCCGCCGGGUACGUGGCGGCGGGGGGCUACGGCUAUGCGGUGCAGCAGCCCAUCACCGCAGCAGCACCAGGGACGGCCGCUGCGGCCGCUGCGGCUUUUGGCCAGUACCAACCCCAACAGCUGCAGGCAGACCGUAUGCAAUAGCAGAUGGACUCCUGAAGGAAGCUCGCUCUUUCUCUUCCUCUUUUCGGCCUUCCACUAUAAGUAGUUGUUCAGAGACAAUUGAUGUUAACUAAGGAGCUUUAAGGAAAGCGAUGCUAUUGCGAAACUAAAGAAUUUUGUUCCACUGUCUUCAUACAGUAUGCAUCCAAAUCAUGUUGUUAGAGGGGAGGGGUAGCGCGGCAUGUCUAGUUUCAAGUAGCAAUCCCGAAGAAAAUGGAAAAAAAAAAUACUGUACUGUCAUGAAAGAGUGGCAGAGUAGCAAUGGGACUUCGUAUUUUAAAACAAACAAA